UGGCAGAUCUUCUGAGAAAGCUGACGUGGAUUGACACUGUGUUUUAAAUUCUCCCUUUUAUCUGCCUUCACCAACCUUAGAGGACUCCAAAAAGAUCAAUAUGAGUGAAAGAGAAGGGAAAGUUUCUGAAAAAUCUGUGCAAAUAACUGAAGCUGCCCCUGGCAACACUUAUUCUGCCAUUUUGAGUCGCAAUGAGGCAGUUAAAGAUGCCAGGCGACUCAAGGACUUUGAGGAGCUCAAAGACAAAUACGCGAGUAAGAAGGUGCUCUUUGAAGACCCGCUGUUCCCUGCUCGGGACUCCUCUCUCUUUUACAAUGAAAAGUUCCCUCUGAAGUUAGAAUGGAAGCGCCCGGCGGAGAUUUGUAGCAAUCCACAGUUCAUUCUCGGGGGAGCCAACAGGACAGAUAUCUGCCAAGGGGACCUGGGAGACUGCUGGUUGCUGGCUGCCAUAGCUUGCCUGACUCUGAAUAAAGUACUGCUGCAACGAGUGAUUCCACAUCAUCAGACCUUCUCCGAAAACUAUGCAGGCAUUUUCCAUUUCCAGUUCUGGCGCUAUGGUGAGUGGGUGGAUGUGGUGGUAGACGAUCGACUUCCAACUUAUAAAAACCAGUUGGUCUUCACCAGAUCUGGAAACAAGAAUGAAUUUUGGAGUGCUCUUCUAGAGAAGGCAUAUGCAAAGCUACACGGUUCUUAUGAAGCCUUAAAAGGAGGAAACACACUGGAGGCCAUGGAGGACUUUACCGGAGGAGUGACUGAGUUUUAUGAAAUUUCAGAGGCACCCAAAGAGUUGUACCAUAUUAUGAGAAAAGCUUUAGAGAGAGGGUCCCUUGUGGGCUGCUCGAUAGAUACAUUGGUUCCAACUGCUCAGAUGACAAAAACUGUAUCUGGACUUGUGAGAGGACAUGCAUACUCAGUCACUGGAGUCGAGCAGGGUAAACGUAAGGAUAGUAAGGACCUAAAGAUCCGUAUUGUUCGUGUACGAGACCCAUGGGGAGUAAACCCCCCUCCUGCCUGUAGGUCUGAUGAAUGGGCUGCACUAGCCACCACUGAACAGGACAAAGAGAGACUCCGACCCACAGAACGAGGAGAGUUCUGGAUGGGCUUUGAGGAGUUUCAAAAGAACUUCACAAAACUGGAGAUCUGUAAUCUCACUCCAGACACCCUGCAGGAUGACCAGAUGUUGAAGUGGAAUGUGACCGUGCAUGAGGGCCGAUGGGUAAGAGGAUGCUCUGCUGGGGGCUGCAGAAACUUUCCAGACACAUACUGGACGAACCCUCAGUACCGUCUGAUUCUUCUGGAGACAGAUGCCAAGCGGAAGACCUGCACUGUGGUGGUGGCACUUAUGCAGAAAGGCAGACGUAGCGAGCGCUGUGCAGGUGGCACCCUACACAACAUUGGGUUCGCCAUCUAUGAGGUUCCUCAAGAGAUGAAAGGCAACCAACAACCGCUGCCAAAAGAUUUCUUCCUUUAUACUGCAUCAAAAGCCCGCGCUAAAUCUUACGUCAACAUGCGUGAAGGAACAGAGCGUUUCUGUCUAAAUCCAGGAGAGUAUGUCAUCAUUCCCUCCACUUUUGAUCCUCAUAAGGAGAGUGAGUUUCUUCUCAGGGUCUUCUCUGAAAACUGGAGCACCUCAGAGGUUAUAGAUGCCGAAAUUGAGGCGGGGCUUGUGGUGAGUCAACACCUGUGUUCGUCGGUCUUGCCUCUUGAGGAAGAAACUGAAGAGGAGAAACAGUUCAGGUCCAUCUUUCAACAGAUUGCUGGAGAUGACAUGCAGAUCAACGCCUACGAACUCAGGACUGUCCUUAACAGAGCGACUGCCAAACACAAAGAGCUGAAAACAGAAGGUUUCAGUCUGGAGAGCUGUAGAAGUAUGAUUGCUCUCAUGGAUACUGAUGGAACAGGACACCUAAAUCUUCAAGAGUUCAAGCACUUAUGGAACAAGAUUAAACAGUGGAAGCUGGUUUUCACACGAUACGACACAGAUAAAUCCAGUACAAUCAGCAGCUUUGAGAUGAGAAACGCAGUAAAUGAUGCAGGUUUCCAACUCAACAAUCAGCUCUUUGAUAUUAUUGCCAUGCGUUAUUCUAAUGAACGCUUGGAACUGGACUUUGACAGCUACAUUAGCUGCCUAGUGCGACUCGAGGGAAUGUUCAGGGCAUUUAAAGCUUUUGACAAUGAUGGAGAUGGCCUUAUCAAGCUUAAUGUUUCUGAGUGGCUCCAGCUGACCAUGUACGCCUAAUCAACAUCUGCCAUUUCAGCUCCAUUCAGUUGUGCAUCACAGACAAAUUGAACCAGUGUUGUGAAAAUUUCCAACGGUUUCAGUUCUUCAGAGAAUUGUUGU